CGCGUGCGUGUGUUUAUGUGUGAGAAUGCGCGCGGCGAGCCACCUGAUAUGGUCCUGUCCGUAGUAGAGGCUCAUAGAGGGUCGAUCAGAGAGAGAGAGAGAGGGAAGGGGGAGCGGUGCGGCAGAGGCAUCAGAACAGCCUGACGGGGAUGUUGCGACUGAGCUCCCGGUGAGGCUGAUCACACUCGGAGCUACGAUGCAGUGACGGUCUACAAGAAGAAGACGCGCGCCGUGGGAGAAGGUGGGGCAUCAGAGCAGCAAGCGAUUGCGCACGGACGAUGAUCUGCUUGUUGUAGACCAUGGCACCGUCAGGUCCGCGGAGCAUCAAGCGGGGUUGUCAGAGAGUUCUCUACUGGAUCCCGGUCCUGUUCAUCGCUCUCAUAGUGGCGUGGUCCUACUACGCCUAUGUCUUGCAGCUUUGCAUAGAAUCCAUUGAGGACACAGGAGAAAAGGUCGUCUACCUGCUGGUGUACCAUGUCAUUUUCAUCAUGUUCGUGUGGGCGUACUGGCAGACCAUCUUCACCAAGCCCAUGAACCCCCUGAAGGAGUUUCAGCUGUCCCACUCUGACAAGGAGCUGCUGGAGCGUGAAGAUCGCGGAGAGUCCCAGCAGGAAAUCCUGAGGAGAAUAGCCAAGAAUCUGCCCAUCUACACCCGCACCAACUCUGGAGCAAUUCGUUUCUGUGACCGCUGCCAGCUGCUGAAGCCUGAUCGAUGUCACCAUUGCUCAGUCUGUGAUAAAUGCAUCCUGAAGAUGGAUCACCACUGCCCCUGGGUAAACAACUGUGUGGGAUUCUCCAACUACAAGUUCUUCAUGCUGUUCCUGGCAUACUCUCUACUUUACUGCCUUUUUAUAACCGCAACCGAUCUCCAGUACUUUAUCAAGUUCUGGACUGCUGGAGGUAGAGCACAUUUCCGUCUGAAAGAGUACCUGAAAGGCCUCCCGGACACUCAGGCAAAGUUCCACAUCCUGUUCCUCUUCUUCUCAGCCUCCAUGUUCUCCAUCAGCCUGGCUUCCCUUUUCAUUUAUCACUGCUGGCUCGUCUGCAAGAACAGAUCCACCCUGGAGGCAGUGCGUGCUCCGGUGUUUCGGCACGGCACAGACAAGAACGGUUUCAGUCUCGGCUUUACCAAGAACUUCCUUCAGGUCUUUGGGGAUGAGGCCAAAUACUGGCCUGUUCCCAUUUUCUCCAGUUUAGGUGAUGGGUGCUCAUUCCCAACCUGCCUGGUGAAUCUGGACCCUGAGCAGCCCUCAUCGCCCUCUGGAUCCAGCUCUGCCAGCAAGAGUGCAGGAGAGGGCCGCCAGUUCCCCUCCAAGCCGCUCAGAGAGAGUCAGAGUCGACUGCUCACCAGCAACCCCUCCUGGUCAGAGAAUGAAGGUGCAGGAGACAAGGAUAAGAAAGGUGCCAGUAACCCAGUGAUGACCAUUGAGAAUGAGGCGUAACGAUGAUUACAGCUGACUGUUUCAGACCAGAAAUGUCUACGCUGCCCUCCUCCGUGUUUGUGCCUAUCAGAACAUGGCAUAAUGGUGGUGACAUCCUUGUCGUUUGCCAUCAUGCAACCUGCGAGUUUAACAUGGCUCGACCGACAAGCAGUCCACAGAAACCAUGAGUUUCCUCAUGAGUUAUCAUGGAACAUGCUGUUGCUGUCUGAAAGUCAAGUGGACAGGAAAAUGGAAAUUGCAUUCCAGUCAUCUGCUUUUCUUUGAAUGUAAAUAAGCACAGAGCUGAAGUCAGAGAGGAUUGCGUUUUUGUUUUCUAACUAACAGCUGCUUUUUCUGUUGCAGCACAUUCAGAACUACCUGCUGGCUUCUUUCAUUAUUCGGCUCAGAAAGAAAAUGCCAAACAUUUGCUCAGCAUAGACAAGCAGAGAUAUCAAUGCACUUUCUCUGACAUUCCUUUCUCUUGUGAAAUGUUGUUUGUUUUUAAGUUUUCACACGCAUCAUGGUGAGUAUUGUGAAAGUUAAAGAAUUGCAUGCCCUCAUCUCAGGAUGUCAAUGCAAACACGUGUUGUAAUGACAAAAAAAAAAAAAGAAUACAAAAUGGUAGUAAUUAGUAUUUACAUUAAAAAGGGCUCUUCUGACUCUGAGCAGCAUGAGUGAAAAUGUUACCGUCCCUGAAACACCUGCUGGUGCUCUGUGCUGUGACAGUGUCGCUUGGUAGCCUGGAGUCCACGUCAAACUGCUGCUCAGAAGCUUCAUGACUGUUUCUCCUGAAGGGUUCUGCAACAAGCGAGAUCCUUCCGCCAUCUGACAGCAAAAACUGUUCAGUGUUUUGGUUUGUUUUUCCUAAUAGUGGGGCUGAAUUACAGAAGAAAAAACUGUCUUGUAUUGUCACUUUCGGAUUGAAAUGACUAAAUUACUAGACUGUACUGUACAGUACUUUCAAAAAUGUACAAUUUUAAAAGCUUCAUUGUGACAUAUAUUUUUCUAUCUUUCUGUCUGUAAGACAAUGUGGAUGUGAGAGGCAAGCAAUGUACAGUUGAGAUGCCUUAUAUGAAUAAAAUGAGCUCAUCCUC